AAUUUUUUGAUAAUGUUGAAGUUGCUCCCUUUUCAUACAACGGCUUUAAUCCAAAAAUGCUUUCGCGAGAUGUUCCAUUAUUCACACCAUCGUCACAACUUGCUUUGCCGGCUGGUCAAUGUGAAGUGGUAAUGUUUGUUGGAUACCCAGCUAGUGGAAAAUCAACAUUCGCUAAAAAAUGGUUGGUGAACUACGGUUAUGUGCAUGUGAAUCAGGAUACAAUGAAAACAAAACAAAAAUGUAUUCAGGCUUGUGAAACUGCUUUGAAGGAAAAUAAGUCAGUUGUGAUAGAUAACACAAAUCCCAGCAUAGAAAGUAGAAAACAAUAUAUUGACAUUGCAAAACAAUAUGGG